GAAGUCAUCAGGGAUACAUCGUUGGUUAAAACACGUAACACAUAACACAUCUUGACCACUUGACUCUCCAGUCUCCACUCAACGACUCACAAGCCUUCUUUAAGCCAUGAAGGAACACAUACUAUCUUUCCUGGUUUUUCUCUUUCUCAGCAAGAAAGGAUGGUGCCAAGACCAGACCACACAAGAAGAUGCAUGGCGGCAGCGGUACAUUUGUCCACCCAAUUUCAUUCGAUUAGGACACAGUUGCUAUUACUUCAGCAGUGAGAUUGCCACAUGGCAUAAUGCUCACUUUGAGUGCAGAGACUUGCAGAGUCAACUUGCUUCUCUGGAAUCACAAUGGGAGGAUCAAACUGUCCUCAACUAUCUCAAUAAACCUGAGUUUGCUACACUUAACAGAUGGGUAGGAGGUAUAUACAACUGGUCUACCAGGCAGUGGACGUGGGGCUCCUCAGCGGAGGUGAUGCCAUACAACGGCUUCAUGACACAGGACUUUCCUACAGCAUCUCGCUGGCACUGUGUCUACCUGGACUCCAGCUCUAACUAUCACUGGAAGCAUACACUUUGCACCACUAUGAUGCACUACAUCUGUGAGGCACGUCAGACCAGAGUUCAUGACCCAAAUGAAAUUGUUAUACACUAAAUAAAUGCUUUAAAAAAGUUUACUAAUGAAAAUUCAUCCACAAUAAAUAGUUGUGAAGCAGCAAGAUAUUUGUCUUAUCAUUAAAAUGCAAUAAAGAUUAAAUUUUCUUACUGAUGGAAUCCUGAAGGGCUGUCUUAUAAGGUUGCAACUAUAUACAACUAAUUUCUUGAUUGAGUAAUGUAAAGAACUGCCGUUAUAGUCUUUGUAUAUUAAGACAAAAUAAAAAUAUGUAUGUGUGAAUAA